CUACCACCAACCCACCCAAGAACCAACCAUGGCCGCCGCCGCCGCCGCCGUGCUACGACGCGCCCGGCUCGUCGUCCUCGUCCUCGUCCUCGUCCUCGCCAUGGUCGGCGCAGCGGAGGGUGCGGAGAUGACGACGCACAUCAAGGUGUACUGGCACGACGUGGUCAGCGGGACGAACCCGACGGCGGUGCAGGUGGCGCAGGCGCCGACGACGAAUUCGUCGGCGAGCUUCUUUGGCGUGGUGAUGGUCAUCGACGACCCGCUGACGGAGGGCCCCGACAUGAAGAACUCGGCGCCGGUGGGCCGCGCGCAGGGCACCUACAUCAGCGCCGGCAAGGACAAGGUGGCGCUGCUCAUGAACAUGAACUUCGUCUUCCAGUCCGGGACGUACAACGGCAGCACCGUCGCCAUCAUGGGCCGCAACGAGGUGCUUUCCGCCGUCCGCGAGAUGGCCAUCGUCGGCGGCACCGGCGUGUUCAGGUGGGCGCAAGGCUACGCCCAGGCGAGGACGCACACCUUCGACAAGAAGGCCGGCGACGCCACCAUCGAGUACAACCUCUACAUCAAGCACUGAUCCACCCCUAGCUUGUAUCGCUCACCAUUGUAUUUCUUGUAUACU